AUGUCACCAUUGCCAAGGUUUAUCGUGCUCAAAUCCGCAUACAGCGGAAAUUACCUGAGGAAGAUCCCUGAGGAAGUGAGUACACAAACCGAGCUUCCGGGAACGUUUCUGAAUUUCACCGGAGACGACAUGGCUAGUCCUUUGGCGAAGUUCAAGGUGGAGACAGCCGAGACAGACUCGGAGUUGGUGCAUAUUCGCUGCUGUUACAACAACAAAUACUUGACACGGCUAAGUCGGAAUCAUCUGUGGAUCGUUGCAGCGGCCGAGAGACCUGUGGAAGACACUGAAUCAUUCUCGUGUACCAUGUUCAAGCCUGUCCCAGCUGAUGACUUCAAUAGGGAAAAUCAUUUCCGGUUUGUCCAUGUCCAAACCGGAAACUACGCUUGUCUGUGGAGGGCGGCGCAGCCCUACACAGACGGCGUGUACGCAGGAUAUGCCGAGUACGAUCGCGACCAUUGCGAGGUCUACAAAGUGCUCAAUUGGGACGCCGUGUUUCCCGAACAUGUGGCCUUCAGGCGAAGCAGCGAUGGCAAAUAUCUCAGCGCUAACAUGAUCGGUGGCCUAGCGUAUCUGCAGUUCACUACGACUGAGCUCACGGACCAUAACGUGAAACAUGAGAUAAUUCACGUCGACAGUGAGUUUGUCCGAAUAAAAUCCAUAGCCACCGGACUUUUAUGGAAGCGCAGCAGCGGAUCCAACUGGGUCCUUGCCUCCGGCGACCCCAACAGUGACCCCCACAGUGACCCCAACAUGUUGUUCCUUCCCGUUCAACUCGACGAGAACGGCGUGUCAUACCGGAACAAAGGGAACCAGAUGUUCUGCAAGAGUCGCUCCCCGGAUGACAAGAGGGAGUGUCUCAUUGCCUCUGCUCCCGACUUGUCUGAUAUUGCAAAGCUAGAGCUAGUGGACAUCCCAGCAGCUGCUCCAUGA